AGUGGCUUUUAGCUUGUAGCUGGAUGAAUAGAAAAAUGCAGCGCAGGUUCCGACAUGGAAGGAUUGUUAUGAAGUCAAGCUGUUGGUCUCUUAAACAGUUGCUCCGGAAUAACAUUCAUGUAAAAAUGACUGGGCGCACACGAAACAGAGGGAGCAUAUCAGUUGCCAGCUGUGUACGUGUUUGAGGAGGUCAGAGAUCAUGUCAGCAAUCAAGAUUGCCCUGCAGCAGAGCCAGAAGAGGGGCAGAAGGAAAACCUCUGAAACAAUGUCUGCAGAGGUGUCACCAGACUCAAAGUGUCCCAUCUGUUUGGACUUGUUUAACAACAUUUCUUACCUGGACCUCUGCCUGCACAAGUUCUGUUUCCGCUGCAUUCAUGAGUGGUCCAAGAACAAAGCCGAGUGCCCUCUAUGCAAGCAGCCAUUUAAUUCAAUCUAUCACAGUAUAAAAUCAGAGCAAAACUUUAAGAAGUAUGACCUGAAGCCAGUGGAUAAUGGCUCUUUUGGGACUUUUGGGGGAGUGCGCUUUAGAUACCGCACAACUGUCACCGGAGUCCAUCGACAGAUGCAGGGAAGGACCUCUUCACCUCCAGACAAUGGAGUGAUGUUUGAAGCCUCAACAAACCUUCCCCAGCAGCCACAGGACCGUUACAUCCGGCGCAUGAUGAUGAGGUUGGCAGCCAAGAGGAAAGCGGCAAGUGAAGGGAGGGCAGUGAAUCGUAUCAGAGAGCAGGAAAUGGUAAACUUCAGGAGGGAACUGUACCGACAGGGGGUGAGGGUUCGGAAUGUACGCGAUGGUGGACGCUGUCGAGACACCUCAGCCGAGUUCUUCAGAAGAAAUCCUGCCUGCCUGCACAGACUGAUCCCCUGGCUAAAGAGAGAACUCAUAGUGCUAUAUGGGGCCCACGGCACUUUAGUCAACAUUGUUCAACACAUCAUCAUGUCCCGCAUUACACGUUUUGACAUGGAGGAUGGAGCCAUUCAGGAAGAGCUCAGGCCGUUCCUCCAGGGGCGCACAGAGCACUUUCUGCAUGAGUUCAUCAGCUUUGCAAAGGCCCCCUACAAUAUGGAGGCCUAUGACCAGCAUGCUGUUUACGACUGCCCAGCCCCUUCCUCUAAUGAAGACAGCAGCUCCAACUCUUCUGUAAUAGCCAUCUCAGAGGAUGAGGAGCACUUGGUGGAGUUGGAUACUCCAGGAAAUGCCACAUCUACUCUGAGCCACUCUGUGUGGGAUGAUGAGACUCCUGGGCCAUCAUAUUCAACAACAGCAGAGCAGAGCAGAGCAGAGUGUCUGUCAGUCCUCGACUCGGACUCAGACAGCAGUUCAGAGGACGAGACACGAGAGUUUGGGGCUUCUCCACAGCAAAUUAGUCUUUUAAACCAAACAGAUGUGACUCAGGCUGAAGGUCACAAAGAUGAUUGUUUGUCUUCUGACAGCGAUGACUGUGUCAUUGUAGGUUUUGUUAAGCCGACAUCAGAGCGGACUCCUGAGCUGGUUAAGCUCUCCUCAGACUCUGAUGAAUCUGCCUGUGAAGAUACUAAAGAAGUGCCGCUGCUACCUCAACACAUCCGCUUCUCCAGUCUCAGUCCUGUAGCAUCACAGAGUAGUGAUCGAAGCGGUGCUGGACAGACAGAAAAUGUAGAAACAGACCGCUGUCACUCGUUGGAUACAAAAGAAAGAUGUAGCUCCUCAACAUCUAGCAGGCACAGGAAGUCCAGUAAGUCUGACAGAAAAGACUCAGAUAGAAGAUUUGAUGGUAAUGAUGGCUCUAGAGAGAGGCGCUGGUCAAAGGACAGAGACCAAAGGAGAAAAAGGUGGUCAAAAAUUGGAGAGAAUUGGCACUCAAGCAAGAACCCAGCAGUCUCCCACAGCAGCAUCAGCGCUCUGUCCAGAGAGAGUGGUUAUUCUCACUCUACUGGCAGAGACUAUUCAAAAUGUGACAGUAAAUAUAAAAGCAGGGAUGGUGCUCACAGCUAUCAGCCAUAUACGCAUUACAGACAAGGGAGAAAUGAUAGUGGGAUGCAUUACACAGAGAGACAGUCCUAUUAUUACAGUAGCCGCAAAUACUCAGAUCAACACUCGUACUCUCGCUCCAGGAGCCGCAGCAGGGAUUCACGGAGACGGGACAGGAGGCAUUCCCGAUCUAGGUCUUAUUCCAGCAGUCGCUCCACUUCUGCAAAAAAGAGAUCUCACCAUGACAAGCCUGGUGGAAAGAGGAAAUACAAAACAAGGCAUUUGGAAGAACCGUCAGAAGACGCGCUUCCCAACUCACAUGCGGAAGGUCACUCCCCCGCGUUGUCAACAAAACAUAAGAAAAAGAGCAAAGAGAAACGGCGUAAAAAAUCCAAAGAGAGGUCAAAGACUAGCAGGAGCCUCAGUGUGGAGCUCGUCAAUGAGGGAAACUUGAAUGAGCGAAGCAAACGUCACCAUAAGAAAAGGAAGAAACACAAGAAGAAAAGCAAAAGGCACAAGAGUAGUGAACGCAGAGAGAAGGGCUCACCCUCUGUCAUUACCAUUGACAGUGACAGUGAUUCUGUUGCUAACGACAGUGUCCCCCAGGACAGCAGCACUAACCAGGACAAACUGAUGGAUAAUACCACGGAUGACCCAUUGGCCGCUGCCUCUCCCUCCACCAAUGCAGAGUUAAAUUGAAAUUCCUGCUGUGUAGGAUGGGCACAGAUGGCAUUUCCCUGAGCUGAUGAUGCCUGCAAGCAGUAUUUUAGAUCAAAACAAAGAUUAAUAUGUCAAAGUACAUCAAACCUUUAAAGGAUAUGAUGAAUUCACAUACCCUUUUACACACCACCUUAAGUGUUUAUUACAGCAGCAGUUUUUUGGACGCUGAUUUUCAUGACACACAUAUCCAUUUUGAAUAGGAGAGUAUUGAUAAUUGGGUUAAAGGACCAUUUAAGACCAUCUAGGUUGAGUUUCGUGACUGAGUUAUCACAGAAAAAAAAUCCAAUUUUACUUUCAAGUGCCACUAUGUACAUGGACUAAUGGACUAAUAAUGUUCACACAUCUUUUUUAAGUGUCAAUAGAUAUUCUUGAAAAUAAUUUUCUUUAAUGGAUUUAUUUUAUUUCUAAGGUGCUCUCAGGGAUAUUGUUGAUUACGGUGAUUUUGUUGUUAAUAUAAGUCGGCCAUAUUCUUGAGACAAUACACUUUCUACCUGUGGCUCACCAAGUAAUACCUAUUAUGGAUUUCAGAGUGGGUUCUUUUGUAAUGGAUUUUAUUUAAAAUAAAUUGUCAUGAGCAUAUGUGAUGUGCCAAUUAA